AUGAUAAAUACUGAGCCUCACCUCUGCUUCCGGUCAUUUGUCGAGGCCUUAAAGGCCGACAAUGAUCUGGUUGAGAUCGACUCUCCGAUUGACCCCAACCUCGAAGCGGCCGCCAUUACUCGUCUAGUCUGUGAAACGGACGACAAGGCCCCGCUCUUCAACAACAUCAUUGGUGCCGAGAAUGGUCUCUUCCGCAUCAUGGGUGCCCCUGCAUCUCUUAGGAAGUCCCCGAAGGAUCGCUAUGGCCGACUUGCACGGCACUUGGGCCUGCCACCGACCGCAUCUAUGCGCGAAAUCAUUGACAAGAUGCUCUCGGCUAGCACCAUGGCUCCCAUCCAGCCCAACAUCGUGUCUACCGGUCCUUGCAAAGAGAACUUCAUCGAAGAAAGCCAUAUUGAUCUGACUAAGCUCCCUGCACCCAUGAUCCACCAGGCCGAUGGAGGGAAGUACAUCCAGACCUACGGAAUGCAAAUUAUCCAAUCCCCUGAUGGAUCUUGGACUAACUGGUCUAUCACCCGCGCUAUGAUCUCGGACGAUAGGCAUCUGACCGGUCUAAUUAUUGAGCCUCAGCAUAACUGGCAGAUCCACCAGAUGUGGAAGAAAGAAGGUCGCGAUGCCCCGUGGGCUCUGGCAUUCGGUGUUCCACCUGCUGCUAUCAUGGCCUCGAGCAUGCCCAUCCCCGACGGUGUGAGCGAGGCUGGAUAUGUUGGCGCCAUGACUGGUUCCGCCUUGGAUCUAGUCAAGUGCGAUACUAACGAUCUCUUCGUGCCUGCCACAUCUGAGAUCGUCUUCGAAGGUACCCUUUCUAUCACGGAGGAGGGCUCUGAGGGUCCUUUUGGUGAAAUGCAUGGCUAUAUUUUCCCUGGAGAAAGCCACGUGGGUCCCAAGUAUAAGGUCAACCGCAUCACUUACCGCAAUAAUGCCAUCAUGCCCAUAUCAUCUUGCGGUCGACUGACCGAUGAGACUCAAACCAUGAUCGGCCCGCUGGCAUCUGCCGAGAUCCGCAAGAUCUGUCAACAAGCCGGUCUCCCGGUAACCGACGCCUUCACGCCGUUCGAGUCCCAGGUGACCUGGCUUGCUUUGAGAAUCGACACCGCAAAGCUACGGGAGAUGAAGACUACCACAAAAGAGUUCUCCAAGAAGGUUGGAGACCUGGUAUUCAAUUGCAAGGCCGGCGGCACCACCCACCGGAUAGUGCUCUGUGGCGACGACAUUGAUGUUUACAAUGGCAAAGAUGUUAUGUGGGCUUUCUCGACUCGCUGCCGUCCUGGCCUGGACGAGACCUUUUUUGAGGAUGUGCGCGGGUUCCCCCUUAUUCCAUACAUGUCACAUGGGAAUGGAUCGCCAGUGAAGGGCGGAAAGGUCGUUUCUGAUGCUCUUCUCCCAUGUGAGUAUACUAUUGGGAAAGACUGGGAGGCAGCUGAUUUUGAGAGCUCGUAUCCUGAGGAGAUCAAGCAAAAGGUUUUGGCCAACUGGACGAAGAUGGGAUUCCGGGAGGAGUAA